AUGCCCCGUGGCAGUGAGAUUUACCACCAUUUCAUCCUCUACGUGCGCCACUCAGCUGUCUCGCUGGCAAUCUUCCAGUGUAAUGCCUGCCACUACCAAGGUCGAGUCAUACAGUCAGGGUCGCCAGGCCGGGUACAGCUGCGUCCCCCCCCCCCCACGUACGCACAAACGCGGGGUCGUCCGAACCCUGUGCCCCGCAGCGUUCGACCUCAGGACCGAGACAUCCUGGGCUAAGGUCCCCUUGUUGGCGCGUUGCGCUGUAGCAGCGCCCGCCUUCCGCUUCCCGCCUCCUGCCUCGGUGGCCGCGCAGGGUGGGAGUCGACAGCAUCUCCAAGCGCCCAAGCCAUGGUGGCCAAGCAGCGGAUCCGGAUGGCUAACGAGAAGCACAGCAAAAACAUCACCCAGAGGGGAAACGUAGCCAAAACCCUGAGGCCACAAGAAGAGAAAUAUCCUGUCGGGCCAUGGCUGUUGGCACUGUUUGUUUUUGUUGUCUGUGGCUCAGCUAUCUUCCAGAUCAUACAGAGCAUAAGGAUGGGCAUGUGAGAAGGCCAGGGUGUUGGAUGCCGCUGCCCUCCUGCUGGCAGGUGGAGGAUCAGGGAGACCUUCCGCAGGUCUAUAGCAAGCAAACAAGCCACGGGCAAUAAAAACGAGGUCCCUGUUGUUCACUCCAUGGUGGAGGUCCGACCAAAUUGCCUUCUCACGGGACAUCUCCCUGCAUCUGCGUCCUCCGGUGGAAAGGACUCUGCUCUUGUUGGUCAUUAAGAAGCCACAUGGGGGGUCAGCAGUAGUGUUCUCUGCCUGGUUCCCUGGGUUUCACUGAGGUGUGCAUGUGGCCCUGAGAGACCGCCCAUUUACAUCCUGCCAAUACAGUCUCUUCUCUGUCAGGAAGAAUUUGGUUUUACAA